GAUUAAUACACCAAUUUCAACAGAUUUAAAGGACACGAUGGUUGAAGGAACUGGUUUGAACGAGCAUUGUGCACCGGCCCUGUCUUGGCUGCAGGUGGCACCAACCACGGCCUCGGAACGUUGGACCAGCCUGCGCGCGAGAUCGCUUCCCGAGCCGACGCUUGAAUUCGUAAACCGUUUGAGCGCGAGCUCCGGAUCAGACCGGCUGCAGCCGGUGUGGGACCAGACGCUGCGUGUCGGCCGUACUCGUUGGCGGCGGGAAGAAAAUGGACGAGGAGGAAGCGAGCUCACGGGUCGCUCGCCGGAAGACACAUCGUCGGUUUCCACCCUCGGCCUUCAGCUCGGAGCCGUCGGCGUGAGCCAGCGGGCGGCUUGGCUUACGGCUCGGAAGCCUGCUCCAAUCGCCAGGCACGUUAAGCAGAGGCUGGAGUGGCCUCUCGGCUGGCGCGGUUUUGCUCAUUUGCGAGUUUCUUGAAACCUGUGUUACGAGAUCCUAAGUACAAUCUAUUGUGUGUCCAAACACACACAACUCCAGGAUUGACUCUCCGUACAUGCAACAAAUUCAUGGGCUUGAAAGAUCACUCAGCGACUGAGAACAGCAGAGUUCUUGGACUUCUACAUCUCAAUGUGGAAAACACUAACAAACCGCUAAACGUGAUUACAUCUUGGUCAGUAGUGGACAAAAUGGCAAUGGAUAGAGGAUACUCCAGUACUGAGCAUUUUGAAGAAUGGGAAGCACAAGACACAGAUAGCUCGGGUUCAGAUAGUGAAUUGGAGCAGUUAGGAAUUGCCAUGUUAGAGACUGGUCCUAUGAUGAAACAGUUUUGUCAGUCACCUGGUUUGGAAUCAAAUCUACUCAAAUGCAAUGAGGUUUUGCAAGAUUUUAAAAUUGAUACUGAAACAAAACCAAAGGAUGAUUUAAGGAUUACAGAUGAAGACAAAGUCUACAAAACCAAAAUGGAGUUUGCACUGAAAUUGGGAUAUUCAGAAGAACAAUUGCAAACGGUUCUGAACAAAUUAGGAACUGAUGCCCUACCUAAUGAUAUACUAGGUGAACUUGUCAAACUGGGGAACAAACUUGAUUCUGAUUCCUCCUGUGGCAAAAGUAAUCCUGGAACUGUAAACCUGCGAGAUACCACUUCAACAGAUUCUCAAAGGUCUGAUUCUCCAGUAGAAGAUGUGGUGGAUGAUGGGAAUAAUCUAAAACCUAUAGUCAUUGAUGGCAGUAACGUGGCAAUGAGUCAUGGCAAUAAAGAAGUGUUCUCCUGUCGAGGGAUUAAGUUAGCGGUGGACUGGUUUUUGGAAAGGGCCCAUAAAGAUAUUACUGUAUUUGUGCCUGCCUGGAGGAAGGAACAAUCGAGGCCUGAUGCCCUCAUCACAGAUCAAGAAAUUCUGCGCAAGUUGGAAAAGGACAAAAUCCUUGUCUUCACACCAUCUCGUCGUGUGCAAGGGCGGAGAGUAGUUUGUUAUGAUGAUCGCUUCAUCGUGAAACUGGCUUAUGAGUCAGAUGGUAUCAUUGUGUCAAAUGAUAACUACAGGGAUUUGCAGAAUGAAAAGCCAGAAUGGAAAAAAUUCAUUGAUGAGAGAUUACUUAUGUAUUCUUUUGUUAAUGACAAAUUUAUGCCACCAGAUGAUCCUCUGGGUCGCCAUGGACCCAGCUUAGAUAACUUUCUGAGGAAACGACCUGUUGUACCAGAAUAUAAGAAGCAGCCUUGUCCAUAUGGAAAAAAAUGCACUUACGGUCAUAAAUGUAAGUACUAUCAUCCAGAAAGAGGUACACAGCCUCAGCGUUCUGUGGCAGAUGAACUACGUGCUAGUGCUAAGAAUUCAAUAAUGAAAACAAAUGAAGGAUUGGUGAAGAGCAACAGUGUUCCAUCUAACAACAAAACUGAGGGUACAUUUGAUAUCAAACGUCCAGCUCCAAAAAGACAAUCUGAUCCAAGUAUUCAAACCCCUCUUCAUAAUGCAGUUGAAGAGAAACUUAGCAAUAAAACCAGAUUGGAAACCAGGUCUGUGCCCUCUCUUGUUAGUGCAUCAAGUUGUUCAGCUGCAAUUGGCCCAGGUAGUGCUAUAUCAGGUUCUGGCAUGCACUUUGUGACACAAGAACAAGGAAUGCCAGUGCAGUACCCAACAAUUCUGGUAAAUAGUCCCCAUGGAACACACAUGUCAUAUAAUAACCAGCGCCCAAAGUGUGACUCUCCUGUUGAUGGAGAUUAUUAUUCCAUGAUGAAUCCUUAUCCUAACCUUAGUUUACCUGGUACACACAGCCCUGACCAGUUUUCUGUAGAUAAAGAAUAUAGAUUAAACCAGGUAGGUUCUGAAUGUAGCAGUGAAGGUAGUGUCAGCUGUGGUAGCAGUGAUUCAUAUGUUGGAUAUAAUGAGCAUGCCUUCCGAAGUUCUCCAGUUAUGCUUGAGGAAAACCUUAAAUGUCACCAGCUUCAUAAGCGACAUCAUCAACUUCAUCAUGGAUAUCAUGAUACUUUAACAAGAGUUCCAAUUUAUAGUAAAGAAGAGCAAAAGUCAUUGCCCAAAGCUUCAGUUCCUUGCAUGACAUCACAUUUGCCGCAUACAGUAAUCGGAGCUCAUUCCAAUUGCCCUGGUGAAUAUCGUACAGUAUCUCAUAAUGCCCAUCACCCACAGAAUAUGCAUAUGGGAACAGCGGUAGGAACUUCAAGGGUAGAAAGCUUUCCAGACUCACGUUUGUAUGAAAAUCAACCAGUGAGACAAAGAAAACCUUAUGUAGGUCAGGAAACAUAUGCCAGUUGGAAUAGGCUUGGUUAUGGUAUGGAUACAUACAAUUACCUACAAGGAUAUUCAUUACCUAAUAACCCCACACAGCCAUGUUAUGAUCAAUUUACAUUCCAAAGCCUACCUGAGAAAAGAGAACAGACCAGGAGGAUGCCAUGGAGUGGUCUACCCACUGAGCAUCCAAGUUCACAAAGAUUUCAGGAUGCUCGUGACAAGGUCUUCACAAAUUUAUGCAACAUAUUUCCAGCUGAUCUUGUGCGGAUGGUAAUGAAAAGAAAUCCUCACAUGAUUGAUGCCCAGAAACUUGCUGCAACUAUUCUAGCUGAAAAGUCAAAACUGGGUUAUUGAAUUUAAAUGCAUCAUCUUGAUGUUCUUAUUUCUCAGCCCAAAUGCUGAGGUAGCUUGCAUUUGUGAGAUUAUUCAAAAUGGGGAGAUAAAAUAACAUAUUCCCUAUGCAAGAGGGAAUAUUUUGUGUUUUCAUAACUACCUUUUAAAAUUAGUAUUAUUUAAAGCCACAAUCUUAUAGGAACUGUACAUUAAAGCACCUUUUAAAUAUUUAGUUACUGGUGAUAAAAUUUACUAUCUCCAUCUUGUGUAGCAGUAUUAGUAAGCCUGAAUUUUCUUUUCUCAAAGCAAUGCAUUUAGUGGCUUUUGGCACUGUUCCUUCAGCAUUUAACAAAGUAUUGAUGGUAAAGAUAUAUUAAUGCAGGUUUCUGAAGUACCACUAAUUGAAUAGUGCAAUCAGAACAUCUCUGAUAUUCAAUUAACAACCAUUAAAAGCUAAGCAGAAAUGCUGAUUAUUGAUUAUUAUUUGAAGAUAUAUAUAGUACUAUACUAAUUUUCGAGGUUGCAAUAAAAAGCAACCUUUAAAUAAAAUAAAUUGUAAUCUUUUUUAAAUUAAUGCACUCGGGCUGUGGUAUUAUGAGAAGGCCUGAUUUAUCUUGCCACAUUUUUUUUUAACGUGGAAACAAACAGAUUAUCUGUUUAGUUUCAGUAAAAGUUGUUUCUGGUAUUUUUUAAUGGAUUUUUGUCUGCUGCAGUGUCAUACAUGAGAUUUUAGCUCUCAAUUCUAUUUAACUGUUGAGUGUAUGCAGCUUCAAGCAAAAUCCAGAAUAACCAGAAAUUACCUUUCAUUGUUGAUGCAAAUUGUAUCUUAUAUAAAAAUGAAAUCUCGCAAUAGUUUUAAAUUUAUAUUUAGUGACAUCGUAAAUACACAAACUUGUGUAAAUGUGAUUAGGGACCAUUUGGGCGGCAUUUUACCAGAUCCUUGAAAUUAAUCAUUGGUUUACAGAAUUGUUUAAACUUUCACUAGUUAGGAAAAACCUGAGUUAGAAGAUACUGCCAACUGAACAGCGAAAUCCUAUAUUUGGGUUUAUCUGUUUCUCCUUGCAGACAUUAAACAGGUCUGUUCAGUGCUUUUAAAGUAUAUCUAAAUUGUAACUCGAGUUAUAAAGAGUUUGAUCAUUUCAUAUUUCUGUUUAUUCUUGUUCCUGUAGUUUCCCGGUUUGAAUUUUAACAGAUCUAAGUCUCAUCUCUUUAUGGUCAGGCUGCAACUUGUGUAAAAGAUCCAUAACAUAAGUACUUUUUAACCACUGGUAAAGUUGCUAUCAUUGUAUUCCUAACUAGUGGAUGUUGACCAUAAUUUUAGCUUUGCAGCAGAAGUUAUUGCAUGAGCAUCAAUUUUAUUUAAUAAGCAAACGAAUGCACACAAAAUAUGCUGAAAGGAAAUAAAAUUUAAAAAUCUAAUGGAUCUGCCAUGAUAUUGACAUUUGUUUGAGGGUGAAUUUCUUAUCAAAAUUGAACAUUUUAUUUCUUGGAAGCUACUCAGUACUGCACAACACCAAAUUUCUGAUUUUUUGUUUUCCAUACUUUUCCAGACUCACUAUUGGAUGGUUGACCAAUCCAUUUAUAUCUUUUGCUUUUUUUUUAACCUUUUGUACUCAACAUGGGUGUAUGCAUUCCAUGCAACAUACCAUCUUGCAGCCUGAUCAAAAGCAAAUGAAACUUGCAUAUUUGAAUGGAUAUUUUGUAUAUGUAUAAUAAGUUGGUCAAACAAAUAAAUUACCAAAUUUCAGGGAACAUGGUAAAAUGGAUCCUAAAACCACGUCCAACACACCUAAUAGAAUAACCUUUUCACUACUUGUGUUGCACUAUGUGUGACAUUAAGUAGACUUGGGUAUGAAUGCUUUUUUAACAGGGCAUUGUGCUUAUAGCCAUAACUGAUACUCUGAACCAUGUUCAGUACAUUUCCAUAACAAAUUGUUGUAUACAAUAAUUAAUACUCUUCCUCAUCUACAGUACAAUGCUGUUGAUUUUUGAAUUGCACACAUUCCAGUACCAUUGUAAAGCUCCAAGUUUGUAAUGGUACUAUAAAAUCCAGUUUAUCUAUUGAAAAGUUUAUAAGGAUUUUUGUAUGUCUGUAUCAGUAUUAGAAUUUUGAAAUGAUAUUCAUGAAUAAUUGAAUUUUUUCUUAUUUUCCAUUUGGUGCCAACUGAUUAAUUUAUCGGACUGUUUUGAAAUGCAACAGUAGUAUUUAAUUGCAUCAUUUUAUAUUAUAUUCAUCAACAUUUUUUGAAAAUUAAACUAAUAGUUUAGUUUAUAAUAAAAAGUAUUUCAAAUAUGUGAUCUUUGCAUUUAAAAAUUAAAUAUGUUUGAGUUUGUUGAACACCUUCAGUGUAGUGCAGCUGACAUUAAUGCACAUUAUUAUAGGUUAAAAACAGCUAAAAUUUUACUGUAAUUUUAUGCCAAACCAGUUUUUUGUCCUGUUAUAGCUAAUGUAAUUUAAUAGAUCUCAAAGUUGAAUUAUAAUUAGAUCUCAUUGUGUAAAUAUCUAGACAUACAAACUCAAAAUUGCUUUAUGGUAACCUAUAUAUUUUAAUGUAAGACAACAUUGAAGUUAAUUAUUGGAGGUUUUAAUCUUGUUUGUAUUUUUUAACAUUGCAUGUCAAACUAAUGCAUAAUUGUUCAUAACAUUUGGUUUCUAAGAUAAAUUCCUAGUCUAAUGUCAGCAUCAUUUGCAUAUCACAGUAGUAGAUAUUAGGAAAUCCAUAAACCCUAUGCAUCUGUUUGUAAUUCAUAAAUACGUGAUAUAAAAUAGAUGUCUACCAUAAUUAUUGUCAUUUUCACUGUUACUUUUAAUGUCCCACUUUGGCAACAAUUAAGUGUUGAAUGGGAGGAUGGGUGAUAAAAGGGGAUAUGUAUAUUAAAAUUCCUCAAUUAUUAUGAUAUCUUCUAUGGCACUUGCACUGGUUUCUCACAAGUUUA